GAAAGCUACCUUAUUUCCGAUCAGAGAGCGACCACAAUCAUCGACCAAACCCUGCACGAUCUUCUCGUAAAGCCAGUCGGUAUUAAAGGUGAUCGCGGCGACUACGACCUGAAUCUCGUGCGAGCGGUGUCCAAGGGAAUUGUGGAUCCUACCAAGGCGGUCUUCUUCAACAAAAAUACCAAGCACGAAAUGUCUCCUCGUGAAGCAUACGAUGCAGGCCUUGUUAGCCUCCGUGGUGCUGUUCAGGUCGCCGCCCUGUUCAAUGUACCACCCGCCCUCAUCGCUCCGGUGAAGAAAGUGGAGCAGAAGAAACGCGUCAGUCGUCCAGGACAAACAGGAUUUGAGCUUGCUACCGACCAAGUCAAGGUCACUCUUGCGGAGGCAAUGAAGCAGGGACUUAUCGACUCGCGUAAUCAAAGAUUCAGACAAGGCGACAUAGACAUGAGUCUUGACGACGCUCUGAAUCAGGGGCUAGUUGACCCGUCAAGCGAAUGGAUUGUACCAUCGAAGAGUAAUGGCGUUGGUCCCACUAUCGAAGAGAAAACAACUGAAUCUAUCACCGAAACUGGUCAGCAGCUAGCUCCUAAAUUUUAUCCUGACAAGAACAUUGAAGAGUCUGUGACUACUGUUAAGCGUGUCCGCACAACCGAAACUACCGCUCUUGGUGGACCUGGUGGUGUUUCAGUGUAUAGAGCCAUUACUGGUGGGAAGGGAGCCAUGGAAGUGCCAAUUAAUGGUUAUCACAUAUACGAGGCUGAGCGUAAGGGAAUAAUUGAUCUAAGCACCGGUAACAUCACUUCACCCAACGUGGACCGCGCCAUUUCGUUCGCAGAUGGAAUUGAACUUGGCGUAAUUAAUUCUUCUUCUAUCUCUGUCAAAGACCCUAAAACUGGACGUGUUGUAAACGUUAAGGAAGCCCUUGAGAAGAAAAUAAUUGGUAGUGAUGGAUCAAUUUCACAUCAGGGGCGAACAUUUACCAUUGAGAAGGCAAUUGAAGCGGGAUACAUUAUUGUUGAUGCGGAAGGUGUUGUUCCUGCAGGAAGCUCAAAGAACAUCAUUCACAUUCCUCCAGGAGGAGGUCCUGUAAUUAGUUUCCGCCCUGUCGGAGUGCCAAUUGUUGAGGAAUCUGAA